AUUUGUGUGUAGUGGAGUGCGACUUUCGAGGCGGAAAAUUGUGUUGAAGAUGUUUCAGGAGUUUUUUGUGUUAAAAUAUCAGGACUUGAGUGCAAAAUCACAUCAGAAUUCGUAGACAAAUCCACCAGGACUGCUGUGUGAAAAUUUCGAGGACCACCCGCGAGGAUCAUAGAUUUGGUUGUGCGAAAAGUGUGUUUAUCAGUCUUGUUAUAUAACUGAGACGAGAAUUUUGCAAUUUGAACGUGAUUUCUGAUUAGCAGAUUCUUCCGCAAGAAGUGCGAAGCAAUAAGUGUUCUGACAGAGUGGAAUGUGUGGAGUUUUUGGAGAAAUGUGUGUGUGAAGAUGUAUUAGAAGAGGAUUAGGAUUCUGCACUGAAAAUCUGUGAAAGUGAGGCAAAUCCCAGAGUGUCAACAUGGCUUACAAUCGCCCCGCCGAUCUGGAUGGCUUCAUCGCGUUGAUGGGCAAGGCUGACAUGCGGGUGAGAGCGCAGCUCGCGGAGGAUCUCGUGAAUUUCCUCAGCGAUAGCGAAAACGAGCUCAUCUGCUCGGACCUGGGGAUGCUGAUCGACGGCCUGCAGCCUUGGCUCACGGGAAGUCAUUUCAAAAUUGCUCAGCGUGCACUUGAAGCACUUAGUGAAUUAAUUGGGCGCUUAGGACAAGACUUCAAUGCAUACACGCCGACUGUGCUGCAGAAUGUGGUAGAUAGAUUGGGGGACAAUCGCGAUACAGUGCGAGAGAAGGCUCAACUUGUCCUGCAGAAAUUGGUGGAAUACCGUGUGUUGACGCCUCAACAAUUAUUGGACAAGUUAACGACAUGCUUCAAGCAUAAGAACUCAAAAGUUCGUGAGGAGUUUCUCAAAACGAUAGUAAAUACGCUGAAUGAAUAUGGAACACAAUCAUUGUCACUGAAGAACUACAUUCAGCCAAUUGCUGAUCUUCUUGGUGAUCCAACGGUGACAGUGCGUGAUGAAGCUGUGCAAACACUGGUAGAAAUCUACAAGCAUGUUGGUGACAAACUGAGAGCUGACUUGCAGAGGAAGGAUGUGCCAAUAGGAAAGCUAGCGAUACUGGAGGGAAAAUUCGAUGAGAUCCGCAAUGAUGGUCUCCUGAUGCCGUCAGCACUGACAUCACAUGCUCUGACCAACUCAGAUGACAUUGACACAGCAGCAAUGCCAAGACCUACGCGACUUGUGAAGCGUGUUCCUUCAGCUCCGCCACGACGUCCCGCCGGCAUGGAGGCGUGUGGCAUGUCCAGCGGCGAUUUGGCUGCUGGCGCAGUGUCCCAAGAUGUAUUUGAAGCGUGCUUCGAAGCUGUACCUGCAGUGGUAAUCUACGGGACGCGUGAUUUUGAGGAGAAAAUGAAGCAAAUAAUCAAAUUGAUUGGUGACAAGACGAUGGACUGGGAGAAGAGAGUGGAUGCUCUGAAAAACAUUCGAUCUCUGCUGAUGUCGGGUCCACAACAAAUGACGAUGUUUCUGCAGUAUCUAAAGGACCUAUCAAUAGCAUUCCUUGACAUACUCAAAGAGCUGCGAUCACAAGUGAUAAGAGAGGCGUGUAUCACACUGGCGUACAUGUCGAAGACGCUGAAGAACAAACUGGACCAAUUCAGCAUUUACAUUCUGCAGGAGCUUGUCAAUUUGAUACAGAAUUCGGCAAAAGUGAUAUCAUCUGCUGGCACAAUAGCGCUGAAGUUUGUGAUCAGAUACACCCACGCGCCGAAAUUGAUUCCAAUAUUGACGCAGAAUCUCAUGCAGUCGAAAUCAAAAGACAUUCGCUCCACACUGUGUGAAGUGAUGUUGUUGCUGUACGAGGAAUGGGCGACGCGAUCACUGGAGAGGAGUGCCACGCAAUUGCGGGAUGCCCUGAAGAAGGGCUUGAGUGAUGCCGAUGUUGAUGCGAGGAGAUACAGCCGGCGAGCGUACUGGUCAUUCCACAGGCACUUCCCAGCGAUGGCAAGCGAGCUGUAUCAGCAGCUGGACAUCACCACGCAGCGUGCUGUUGAUCGCGAGAGGGACGACGGUGGCGGCAAUGGAACAGGUUCGAUGAGUGCCAGUCUUCGUGGAAGCAAUAGCAGCUUGAAUUCAAUGCCUGGCUCUGUUCUGAGGCGAAAGCCAUCUUCCGGCCUUCGUAGUCCCGUCGCGAGUCCAUCAGAAGCGACAAGUACGAGCACGGAAAAUCUAGCAACCGCCAGAUUGCAGAGAGUGCCGUCAUUGCCACGCUCGUACAAUAGAAAUCGAAGUGGAAUUCCUGUGGCGCACAGGGAGAUGGUGCCAUGCAGAGCAAAUUUUCGUAGUAUUUCGGCUGUCGAUACGCAAGCGGCUCAGAGAGCACGAGCAAGGGCUCAGUAUUCAUCCCUGGCGAGACUCAAGGUGUCAUCAGGAACGGCAUCAUUGCAAGGACAAAUGGCGCAACAAGCUCGCGCAAAGAAGAGCGCCGUGUCGACGCCAUCGCAGCAGCCAUCGCCUGAGCAUCGCGGCGUGACUUCGGGGCGUCAGACGUCGCGAUCGGGAGUGUCACAGUCGCAGCCGACUUCGAGGAGUACAUCGCCAUCGUCGAGGCUGAAGGAGCCUUACGCAACUUAUGCGACAUAUCGGCAGACGGGAACAGUGCCAAAGAAGGCGUCCGGCAUUCCGCGAUCUCUGGCCAAUUCGCGCGAGACGAGUCCCACGCGGACACAAUCGAGUGCGGUGAAGCGCAAUGUGUACGGCAGCAAUCCAAGGAGACCGCCAAUCAAUCCCGGGCGGCCUUUGAUGGCGCAGAAGAUCCUGCAGCAGAGUCGGGAGCAAGAGAAUGCUCUGGCGGAUGCACUGUCGCCUGAGGAUGAUCUCAGUGCGGACUUCUCCAGGCUGAAGAUGAAGUCGUCACGCGAUGAGUCGGACGAGAGUGAGGCGUCAUCGGUGUGCUCUGAUCGGAGUUUCGGCAAUUUCCGUCGCGGUGGAGACACGUAUUCGUGGAGUGGGUCGAGAUCGCGUCUCGAUGGAUACAGAUCGGCACUGGAGGACAUCGACGACAUCAUUCAGUACUGCGCCUCCACACAGUGGACUGAGAGGCGGGAUGGUCUCGUGAGUCUGACACAGUAUCUGGCGGAGGGAAAAGUACUGAAUCAGCAGCAGCUGCAGUGCAUGCUGGAUCUCUUCCGGAAAAUGUUCAUGGACACACAAACAAAGGUCUAUGCACUGUUUCUGGAUGCUCUGAACGAGGUGAUCCUGGCCCACGCCAAUGAUCUCCAUGACUGGCUCUUUAUCCUCCUCACGAGACUGUUUCUGAAGCUCGGCACGGAUCUUCUGGGCUCGAUGCAAACGAAAAUCUGGAAGACACUGGAUCUGGUGUAUGAAUACUUUCCGGGUGAUUUGCAGAUACAGAGUGUUUUUCGCAUUCUCGUCGAUUCGGCCCAGACGCAGAACACAAAGUCUCGCGUGGCGACACUGAAGUUCCUCACGAAUCUAGCGCAAACGUAUUGCCAACCGGAGCACUUUUCGAUCCAGAGGCCAGCCGAGGCGGCCGUCAUUAAGAUUGUCCAGGCGUCGCAGGACAAGAAGAGCAUGGAGUUGAGAAAUCAGGCUCGACACUGUCUCUUCGCCCUGUACAAGUGCAACCCGCAAAAUAUGACGAGCCUGUUGCAAGUUCUGCCGAAGGAGCACUCUGAUGGAGUGAAAGUAAUCAUUCAACAGAAUUUACGUAAAGGAACAGACAGUCCAUCAUCUCCUCUCUCGUGUACGAGUCCAAAACCGCAGCUUAGCCCAAGUGGUCCAUAUAGUUUGCAAAAUAAUUCUAGUCCUCGAUCGCGCCAAUCAUCCGUGGAGACAUCUGAUCCCAUGAACUCAGAGGAGGUGUACAAGAGUCUGAAGAAAACGACGGCAGAGAUUCAGAACUACAGUUUCGAGUCAAAGUUGGAUCGCGAUGCGAACAGCAAGGACUCGGGCAUUAGUCAAAUGGGUGGUGGGGAUCAUGUGACGGCAGUUCAGAUGACUGAGCAGUAUUUGCAGACCCGAACGGCGUCACCGGGCACUCUGGGGCUCACGCAAGGUGCCACGAAUGGCCUAAACGGACAUUUUAGCCUGGGUGAGAAGGAUGAUUCGUGUAAUGGAUCGAAGACGCAAUCGGCCACAACAACCGAGUCAAACACGCCGGAAAACACGGUGAGAAUCGACACGACGGACUGUCACGACAGAUCCAUCACGAAGGCUGACAUUACAUUUGAUGAGAAUGGCGAAAUCAUCAUUGAAAAAACACUGAGGGAAAGUGAUAUUGUUAAGGCAGCAGUACUUCUCAACAUGGACACACCACAAACGACUGUGGCGCAGAUCCUGAGUAAUUUGUCCGCUUGCAUCACGUAUGGAAAUUGUCAACUGCCGAUUUUGCAUUUCAAGGGUAUUAUGAAGAUGUUGCUGAACCUCCUGCAGUCGUCAAAUGUGAUUGUACUCAAGAGUGCCAUUCGAGCACUGUGCAAAGUCGUGAGGAGUGAGUCGAUGAAGCCUUGCUGGAUACAGUUUCUCGAGUUGAUACUGCUCAAGAUAAUCGAUAGUUAUCGGACAAAUCGAGAUGUGGUGUCUCUGAUUGAGAAUAGUAUUCCAAAAAUAGCUGCGGUUCUACCUCUCGAUUUGUCGAUUAACAUCCUUAAUCCGGUCAUUGCAACUGGGGAAUUCCCAACGAAUCUGUGCGCAGUGAAGAUCCUCACGGAGCUGGCGAGUAAGCAAGGGAAGAACCUGACUGAGCAUCAUUUGGAUGUUCUGAUGCCAAACAUUGCACUGUUGACAGACGACAGCCAAUCUAUGGUGAGGAAAGCCGCGGUUUUCUGCAUUGUGAAGCUGUACAUUGUGAUGGGUGAGGAAAAGGUGAAGCCCAAGUUCAGUAUGUUGACUGGCAGCAAAGUGAGACUCCUCAAUGUCUAUAUAAACAAGUUUAAGUCAAGCCAGGAGAAGACAUCGUCAUGAUCAGCGAAAAGUGAAGCAUUUCCCAAUGAAAUUUCAUAUUCAAUUCUAUCGCGAUAAAUUGUAAGCAUAAUCACUGAAAUGGAAGGGAAAAAUGAGUGUUUGUGAGGAUGAAAGUGAGAAUAUUAAAUUACUGUGGCUAAGAUGCAUGAGAGAAUAAAGGAACAUUGUAACAAUUAAUUAUGUAUAAUUAACAAAGUGAGCAGAAAUGUGGUGUAUAAAAGCGUAUGCUAAAUUUUACCGGUUAAAGAGCAAAGUGAAUUUUUAAGCUGUUUUAUUAGUUUUUCCCUGUACUCUACUUAGUUAACACUUUUAAAUAUACAUAAAUAUGACUAUAUUUCAAUUUUAUUCCUCAAAAUUGAGACUAUAUACUCGUGCUGAUGGUGGAUUUAUGAGGAAGAAAGUCUAAAAAAAUUACAGUUGUCAGUUUCUUGAGCGAAAUGCUUUGUUAUCGAGGAAAAAUUAUAUUUUAAUACAAUUUGCACACUGUAAAAAUGGUGAAGAACUAGAAAUGAGAAAUUUUUUUAUUGAUUAUGUGUCCUUAAAGUUGAUCGCAAAAGGAAUUCCUGUAUUUACACGUAAAUAAAAAAAACAUUGGAAAUAAAUAUAAAUGUUAAUGCUUUUGUCACCAUUAAAGAGAUGAGCGAGCAGGAUGAGUCAAAAUCAAUUUGAUAUUAAAUUUACUACAACUUAACAGAUGUAGAAAUUGUUAAGAUUCCAUUUAAUUUGCUUCUUAUUAUAUUUAUUGAAAUGAGGAAAAAAUAAUACAGUGUA